AUGGCUGGCCUGCUGGUGGGUGUGAUCCGGAUGGCGGUGGAUUUCUCGUUCCCGGUCCCAGCGUGUGGGGAGGUGGACACAAGGCCUGCAGUCCUGUCCCAGGUCCAUUACCUGUACUUCAGCCUGAUCCUGUUUGCUCUGAGUGCUCUGGUCAUCUGUGUGGUCAGCCUGGCCACGCCCCCCCUGCCCCCCCACUGUCUGCACCGCCUCACCUGGUGGUCCCGCCACAGUCAGGAGCCCUGUGUCAACCUGCCAGGGGUGGGUGCCUCAAAGCCUCAACAAGACAGGCCCCAGGCUCCAGACUCAGAGCCUCAGGACAGGCCCCAGGCUCCAGACUCGGAGUCUCAGCAGGAUCCAGACUCACAUACAGGGCGGUGUUACAGAGCUGUCCUGUGGAUGUGUGGUCUGACAGGACAGAGCAAGCCUGAGGACCCGGCCUGCAGUACCCUGCUCUCCCUGAAGGAGGAGCCACUGUGGAGACAUGUGUGUAACAUCAACGCUCUGCUGCUGCUCACCAUCAACAUCUUCCUCUGGGGAUACUUUGCCUGA